GAAGCCAUUCAUAGAGAGAGAGAGAGAGAGACUGUGUUGACACGUCAAAUCGUCGAUUCUGUAGUAACACAUACUCGUGCUCCGUUGGCUCUCUCGCGUCAUUAUGACGCUUAAUCGUAAUUUCUAACACCAACACGGCGUGUUUAUCGCCGGAACACGAGCGAGUCGACGCGUUCCCGAUGUUUUCGAACGUUUCACCCCGGUGAACUCCUGCGAUUACUUCACCGUAAGAAGUCCCACUCGUCCCUCGCAGCGGUGUGGAGGUUAGGUUUCCGCCUCGUUCCCUUUGUUCCGUACGGCGAGCAGCACGACGAGCGCGUGCACGAGCCGCUUUCCUGAGAACGGGAAGCACGAGGGGAGACGGCGAGAAUCAAACUCGGAUAAUGUGUGCGAUGUGACUUGCAAUCUGCGAGCUUGACGAUUCGCGCGCGAGAAAAAUGCCGAGAUUCAGGAUGCUGCCCCGCACGUCGCGGAUCGUCGCGCUCUGCUCAGCCGCGAAUUUCAUUAACGCCGCAGACCGGGUCAUCAUGCCGAUCGCGAUCGUGCCGAUGACAGACGAGUUCAAGUGGAACCUCUACUGGCAAGGCUGGAUUCUGUCCGCCUUCGCCUUCGGAUAUUUCACCAGUCAGAUCAUCGGCGCGAGCACAGCCAGUCGCUUUGGCUGCAAGACGGUACUCAUGCUGGCGGUUUUGUUAUGGUCCAUCAGCACGGUGGUCACUCCUCUGUUAGCACAGUCAGUGCCGCUGUUGAUAUUCUGCAGGGUGGUUUUAGGACUCGGGGAAGGACUAGGCCUACCAGUGAUAUUUCACUUAUUCGCCCAUAAUGUUCCUGUGGAGGAAAGGUCACGCGCUUUCGGUUAUCUGAUAGCUGCCGGUUCCGUCGGCCAAGUGGUUGCCUCCGUUAUAUGCCCACACUUGGCAUGGCAAACUGGAUUUUAUCUAUUUGGGACUAUAGGUAUUUUGUGGACUUUGUUGUGGUUGAUGUUGUAUCAAGAAACUAACUCUCAGGAUGAGAUACCAUUGUUUGUUCCUAAGGUAACACAAAACAGAAGCUUACGGUGGACCGAAUUCAUCGCCUACUGGCCUCUGUGGGCUUUGUAUAUAGCGCAUUUCGCGAUGAACUGGACUAACUAUAUAAUAAUGCAAUGGCUGCCAACUUACUUGGCAAGAAAUCUGUCGGCAAACAAGGAAAGCAUUAGCCUGACAGCGCUCCCUUACAUUGUUAACUCUCUUAUUGGUAUUGUUGCCGGCCACAGUGCUGAUAGCUUAAUACAAAAGAGAUGGUCGGUAUUAUCUGUGAGAAGAUUAAUGACAAACAUAGGCCUAGUAGGACCUGGCGCAUUCCUAUUGGCUUUCUGUGCCGUAGAUAAUCUCCUCGCAGCAGUCAUCUUCGUUUCGAUAUCCAUGGGCCUCUGCGCGUGCAAUUCUGCCGGGCAUCUCAGUAAUCACGCAGACAUAGCGCCGAAUCACGCGGGAGUCACAUUCGCAGUUUCAAAUACGAUUGCGACAGUACCUGGGAUUCUGUGCGGUCCGCUGACGGCCGAGCUGGUGACCGCCUCGCACGGCUGGUGGAUGCCGGUUUUCGUGCUGGCGGCAGCGAUUAACUUCACCGGGGCUAUAAUAUACCAGAGCCACAGCUCGGCGCUUCCAGUAUUGUGAUAUGCUCCGCCUCUCGGGCAACGCUGGCGCGUCGUCGCCGAAGAGAAAGAAGCGAUCAAGUGUCUAUUGAUGAAGGCGGUUAAUGCAAAAGUGCGUGUUUGCAUAUUCGGUGAGCGAUCUCUAAUGUAUUUGCUGUGAAACUCGCGAGCCUACACACACACAUACACACACACACACACACACACACACACGACACGUGCACGCAUACGCGCAGAUGAAUGCGCGUUCGAUCAUUACGCAUCGGCCAGUCGACGACAUAUCAAGACGCUGAUCAUUUAUAUUUUAAUCGAGUAUCAUUUCAUUGAAUUAGCGCAAUGUGAUUUUCACGGAGAAAAUAGUGCCAUAGUCUCUAUAUAUAUAGCGUAUAGAUGUAUGACAGAAUGGAAUUGGCUUGACGGCAGUUAACCGAGGAUGUGCGUUUACGAAACUCAUCGUGUGCUUUAAUUUAUAUGCGUAUGUAUACAGUAUCGUAACACAGAUGCGUACCUCGAAGAGGACUACUGGAUAUCGAACGAGAAAUGUAAGCAGAUAUAAAUUCGAGGUGAACAAUUAGACACAGAUACAUGCACUGUGAGAACGGAUAUUUCACGAAGUGCAUCUACAUUAUAAUCUCAUGGUAUGCGUAUCUGUAUUUAUUCACACGAAACUUGCACGCGUAUCUACUUGUAUUUCCUUCUCGAUAUUUGUAUCGAGUUUACUUCGAAGAACGUGUCCAUUACAACACUGCGUACAUCUGUACAUAUACAUAAUGCGAAUUAGUGGACAACAUUUUGUGAUAUGUUCUGAUAUAUCAGAUUUUAAUUUAGCCAGAGUUAUAGGACACGAAAUGUAUAUUCUAUAAAACGCGCAAGACUGUAUAUAUAUAUAAAAAAGAAAUUUUAACUUUCACGUU